UUAUCUUCAGACAGGCGGGCGGAGCCGACAACCAAACAAACGUCUUCUGAGCGUCUGGGGGCGGGACGCGCUGAAGCAGGCUGAGUCUCCGGCCGGAGUUUCGAGACGCGUUGGUUUUUCGGUUAUUGGUCGCCGCGGCCGAGCGGUCUGCGGUCGGGCUGAGACUUGGGAGCAAUGGCGACCUUUGUGAGCGAGCUGGAGGCGGCUAAGAAGAACCUGAGCGAGGCCCUAGGAGACAACGUGAAGCAAUACUGGGCCAACUUAAAGCUGUGGUUCAAGCAGAAGAUCAGCAAAGAAGAGUUUGACCUUGAAGCUCAUAGACUUCUCACGCAGGACAAUGUCCAUUCUCACAACGAUUUCCUCCUGGCUAUUCUCACGCGGUGUCAGAUUUUGGUGUCUACACCAGAGGGUGCUGGAUCUUUGCCUUGGACCGGGGGGUCUGCAGCCAAACCUGGAAAACCAAAGGGAAAGAAAAAGCUUUCUUCCGUUCGUCAGAAGUUUGAUCAUAGAUUCCAGCCUCAAAAUCCCCUCUCGGGAGCCCAGCAGUUUGUGGCAAAGGACCCCCAAGAUGACGAUGACUUGAAACUUUGUUCCCACACCAUGAUGCUCCCCACUCGGGGCCAGCUCGAAGGGAGGAUGAUAGUGACGGCUUACGAGCACGGGCUGGACAACGUCACCGAGGAGGCUGUGUCAGCUGUGGUCUAUGCGGUGGAGAAUCACCUUAAAGAUAUAUUGGCAUCAGUUGUGUCGAGAAGGAAAGCUUAUCGGUUACGCGAUGGUCAUUUUAAGUACGCGUUUGGUAGUAAUGUGACCCCACAGCCCUACCUGAAGAACAGUGUGGUGGCUUACAACAGCUUGAUAGAAAGCCCUCCAGCUUUUUCCGGCCCUUGUGCUGGUCAGAACCCGGCUUCCCGCCCGCCGCCCGAUGACGCGGAGCAGCAGGCUGCGCUCCUGCUGGCCUGCUCCGGGAACACCCUCCCUGCGUCUCUGCCUCCCGUGAACAUGUACGACCUUUUUGAAGCUUUGCAGGUGCACAGGGAGGCCAUCCCCACGCAUACCGUGUACGCGCUCAACAUCGAGAGGGUCAUCACGAAGCUCUGGCACCCAAACCACGAGGAGCUGCAGCAGGACCAGAUCCACCGCCAGCGCCUGGCCGCCGCCGAGGGGCUUCUGCUCUGCUGAGCGAGGCUGGGGGUGCGGGGCCCUCAGCACAUGCAUUCAUUGUCGAGAACGGAAUGUUUUCUGGGUCCACACUUCAAGACUGAAGUGUACAGUGUAAAUAUAACCUUUCCUAUGGAAAUGUGACAUGGAGUACCUUUUGUGUUGCUACUGUGAAGCCAUUAAUAUAACUCUGAUUUUGAUAGUGGCCCAUAUCUGUGUGUGUAUGUGUGUGUGUGUGUGUUCCCAUCAUAGGAGCAGAGUAGGCACUGAAGAAAUUCUGUGCCCGGAGGUGUUUAGGCCCCUGAGGUUUAGCGUCCUAUGGCUGCAUGUAGAUGGCAGGUAGAUGACAUCCUAGAACUGUUGUAGCUUAGUCCCUAUGAUCAGCAGGACAUCUGUAUGUGCAGUGACAUCAUGUAUUCUGUAUGUGACAAGUCUAAAAUGUCUGCCUUUCUCCUGAAGAAAAUAUGCCCUUGCAUUUUGAAGUGUUCAAAGUCAGAUACAUCCUUUAGUGGCCAGUUUAAUUUUUAAUAGCUAUCGGUAGCUCCCUAAAAAUUCACAACUCCAUAGAAAACAUGACUUAGAAAUGCUGUGCUCUAAGACAAAAUAAAGUUUUCUUUGCAUUAAAAAACAUCAAAACUCUUGGAAUGUAAUUAAUUAACCUUAUAAAACAUCUUUUCAUAACUCAAGUUUCUUUCAUAGAGUUAAUAUGCCCAGAGACUUUGAUUGGCAGGCUCAUGUGUUCAUUGUUUCAAGUCCAUGUGAACAUACUGCGUUUAUACUUGGUAAUCCCCCCAUUCCUAUGAAAUACGUUUCUAGCCUUUUAAGUGAUAAAGAGAAAAUAAUUUACAUUUGGCAGUAUUUCUAAUAACCAGGUUUGUUCUUUUAGAGAUAUGUUGCUUUUUACUCAAGAGAUAGUGUUAGUGGAUAUGCAGCUGACCCUUGAAUAAUGAGGGGAUUUGGGGUGCUGACCCCAGGUGCAGUAAAAAAUCCACGUCUAACUUAUGACUCCCCAAAAACGUAGCUGUCCUUUGGUAUCCGUGGGGGAUUGGUUCCAGGAACCCCCACCCCACAUCCCCAUGUAACAGGGUAUAUGUAGAAAGGGGUAUACACUCACCGUCUUGUGUCUGUGGACUCCCAACCACAGAUCUUGAACAGCACAGGUAUUUAUUGAGAAAAAUCCAUGUAUAAGUGGACCCACGCAGUUCAAACCCGUGUUGUUCCAGGGUCAACCGUGUUAAAACGUGGGUUUCUGUAGGUUUAAUAAUAUAUGUAUAAACAUGUACAAAUGGAUUGCUAUCUGGACCCAUAUAUUUGAUUUUGGACUUUAAAUAUGACAAACAAACCUUUUGGGAAAAAACUGUGUUUAUUAAACAGAUAAGGAAUGCUGCCUUCUACAGAAAUAUGAGAAGCCCUGCGUGAUGAGACCUAGAGACGUUGCAAAAGAAUGUACUAGAUGAGAAAGAUUAAAAAGCCAGUUCCAAUUAAGGUAUGUCAUCUCCCUUUGUGAUAUGCAGAUUAAGACUAAAAAGAAAAAAUAAACAGCUUAGUUUUAGUUGCUGGCACCAGUCUGAAAAGCCCAUUAGAGGUUCAGAUGAGAUAAUCCUUCAGUUUUUAGUGUUUGGAAGAGUUUGAACCAAUGUGUAACUGACUGUAGUGGUUCUGCUUUGGACUGUGUACGUCUUGGGCCAUAAUGCUACGUCUGUUAAAUUUUGUGCAUUCCAUGAUGCAGAGGCAGCCAGGGGGUUCAGCCAUAUCCCGCUGCCCAUCUCAAGGGCAGGUUCCAUCCAAGUCCAGAGAAAUUCCCCACUGCCCUCUAGGACCUGACCUAAGUCCCCACAGUCACCUGCUCUGGUGGGACCACACGACACUAGAGGAUUCCCUUGGCCUUGUGUUUCGGGCCCACUCUAAGGGCAGGAAGAUAGAAAGAGUGGUACUUUGGAGGGUUUUCAAGAGCCCCUGGAAGAGGUUUGAACACUUCAGUUCCACCAAAGGCUGGCUCCUGCCCUGGCACCACUGCCACCUGUGCAAUCCUGAGUGAAACGGGGAGUGCUUAUCAAGCCUCACGUGGAAAAACCAUGAGGCACAAAGCCGCUGAAACCAGGCAAUUUCAGACUUAGCAUAAGGCUUACUGUCCUGCAGGAGUUUCGGCAACUGUCUGUUACAGGUGUUUCCCUGCAAAGCCAGGUUCAUUAAGGCUCACCCGACUUUACCUCGGGCACCUGAGCUCUGGCUCAGCACAUUUCAUCACCUUGACCAGCUGUCGCUAGGAGCAACCAAGCCGUUCUUCAAACACUUCUCAUUGCCUGCGGUGACUGCCAUGUUCCUGAUGGCAUUUGUUACCCUCUGAAUGAUCACGCUGCUUCAACUGGAGAUAAAUGCCUCUAUGUCAUCACGGCUUUGACUCCUAACCACAGGCCUCCAGGAUGUCAAAGGAGGAGGAUGCCAGGUUUCAGGGGGCAGACUAGAGGCCCUGGCCAACAGACAGGCUCGUUUAAUUCUGACGGCUUAAAAGGAAAAAGGUCUAGAUGCUUCUUGGAGAGCAGACGACUGCUUCUUGAAUCUACGGGCACGGUACAUUGUCAGGACUAGUCUUACUAAAAGCGCACUGUGAAAGGGCUUAUAGGUUCAUUGUGCUUUCAUCCUGAGAGAAAUGAAAACAGGAUACUAACUUCUCCGUUCGUCGACGUGCUAGCAUGUGUUCACUCAUUUAAAAUUAAUAUCCCUUGAUGGAUUUCCUUCAUGUGCUUUUGGUCAUGUACCAUUCAUGACAGCAUCCAAAACAUGACGGAUCAAGGAACAAGGCUCUUAUGCCAGGCCUCCCCCACCCCCCACGUAAAAGCCAGUUUAAAACCACACACGUCAUUUUUCUUCCCUUUGUCUUCAAAGACACCAUAUUCCUUACACUGCCACCCCAGGAACAGAUCCAAGAGGUAACAUAUUGGUAGAAGGGAGAACAAAGCGUAAAUGAUCGUGUGAAAUGUGACUUCACAAUACUAGAGGUAAAUAAUAAAUAAAACCACCAUAGCCGAUGGCCUUUAUUAUCAAAGUUUAUUGUUGGGGUCAGUUCCUAUCUACUGGGGGUACAGCUGUGUCAGUAUGUGCUAUAGCCAUUCUAGGGUAAUAGCAUUUCUGUAGAAUAGUCGUACUGGGGCUCUGUCAGGCAUAGAUCGUAAUUAAGUCAGCCCAGAAAAACCCCUGCCCGUGGAGCCAUUACUCCAGGCAAGUUCCAGUGCUGUGCGACCUGUAAGGCAUCUUCUAUCCGCGGGUGAGACUCAGGGAGGUGUUGGUGGAAUGCAUCGGGAGUUGAACCCGUUUUCUACUCUUCUCUGCAAGAUAAAUAGGGCUCCACAGCAGGAACCCAAAAGUAGGGCUUAGAAAAUCCUUUAAGCUCCCAAAAGCAAGUAAAACGACAUAAAGAGGAAAGAGCCGGGAACCAGGAAAAUGGAGGAUAAAUUAAGUGGAAUUGGAGGGAAUGGAAAUUUCUGGAAUGCCAAGUAGCUGGGUUUAGAUGCCAUUUGAGAUGACAAAGAAUACAGUACAGUUUGCAAGUGGGGAAACAAUUCAGAUAUUGGAAGUUAUUCCGAUAUCAGAAAUGAAAUGAAAUGUCCUCUCUUGGAGGAAAACUGGUUUU